AUGCCUGCGCCGAAAACCAACCCGCUCACAGCUUGGCUAAACCGCAAUGGAAUAGGCCCCGCACAAACACCCACUCCCAAGAAGCCGACAAGAGACGUCUCACCUCUAGAAAAUUCCCCCGGGGUCUACAUAACUCCGUACCGGCCACGCAAAAGUGAAGCUUUUGUAGAGUUGAGCACGAGCAGCAGCAGCAGCAGCAAGUCCAAACGAAAAUCCGAGAGUGUACUGGGCGGUUCCGAGAAGAAGAGGAGGGAAGGGGACAAGAAAGUGGAUAGUGUCAUACCUGUUGGGAACAAGCAAAAAAGAAAGCCUUUGGGAGGAAGCAGUAGUAAAAAGUAUUCCAGUCGCGUUUCACGUCCGGAAGAGGACGACAAGGGGAAGAAGCAGCGUCUGCUGGCUUUUGGGGCCAAGGGUGAGAGUGACCUGAACGAGUCAGUGUCGGUUGCCAAUGGCUCUCCUUCAGGGGCAUAUGGAUCUUGCUCAUCGUCUCGGAUGCUAUCCGCACCGCAGGCUUCUUCUGCUAAAGCCGGCUAUAAGCAAUCCUGUCUGCAAUUCCCAAUGACCGGAUCUCCUAUCUCGGCACCCAUCCCCAACACAUCCUCUUCAACCUCCCUUACGAACCAGCCCAUCGAACUCACGUUUGCAUCUUCUGCUCUUGUCAAGAAGCCAAAGAAAGUUAUGGAAGACCUUGCGCCCGAGAUGAUACCUUUUAGUAAACCUCUACCAUCCCUUGAACGUGUCCCUAUCCCUGGGACUCGGUGGUUGUUGCCCGGAGAGAUAAUGGAUUUGAUGGCUGUUGUGGACUUUGUGCGCACGUUUGGUGACGAUGUCUUUGGAUUGGGAGAUACCACUUCUUGGGAGCUGAAUUGUAUGGUGGACGCUGUGUGUCAUUCCAGUAGUCAUUCUAAGAUGUUACUGGAGAUGUAUUGUCUUUUGGUGAAUGCCAUCGAUCAUCAUGCACAGGUGGACAUGAUCCGUCUGCAACAUCGAGUAGCGGAACUCAUGCAAGGUCACUCUGAUUCUACACUCGGCCAAGCCUUAAAGUCGCAAGAGAUUGCCAUGAUGGAUCCCUCCACCCAUGUGAAGAUAUUGUCAACCCUCACUCAAAAGGUGAUGGAAACAGAUGCAUUUCGAGAGGUGAUAAAGUUGAACCAUGAUAGAUUGCAAGAGAUGCGGAAGGAUAAAUGGACCUCAGCGAUAAAGAAGAAGGAGCGUAAAUCUGAUAUUGCCGAACUUGAGCAGCAAAUCACUGAAAUUGACGCACAAAUUGCGGCCAUUGAUGCAGAGCUACGCGAAAAGAGUGCUAGCGCCGAUGCACCAACCGGUACUACUGAUGAAGAUGGAACGGAUUCCACUGACAGUACCCGUGGGGGAACUUUUCUCCGUCGAUUGGUGGACCGUGAUAGAAGUGAUAAACUCCGAAAGAUGCAAGCCGAGCGCCGAUUAGAGGCGGCAACAUUGGCCCGACAACGGAAUCUAUUGGUCAACAAAUGUCACCGGGCUGAGAAGGAAGUGGAAGAAUUGGAAGAGGCUGAUCUAAACUGGCCGUCAAGAUACGAUGCGGUGAAGAGAAUGCUCAGGAAUGAUACCAUGAGAGUUGCUGGUUUGGAUAGGGACGGACGCGUCUACUGGUGGGUGACUGUUAAGGGACAAGAGUUAAGAGGUCAACGUAGCGAACAGGAAGAUACCAACGGCGAAGAAGACAAGAUGGAUCGGGCUAUAGAGCCAGAUUCAAAAAGGACCACCGAGUCAGUUGAUGACAAAGACCCCGAUAUAUACGGUGUUCUUGUGGAACAAUAUACCUAUGCCUACCAUGAUGCCACACCAGGAACAUUGUCACCCGUGCUGUCCCUUGACCCAAAGGGGAAAGGCAAAGCGCCAGCGUAUCUUGUGGAGGCCAGUCGAUAUUACACACCACCCGACAACGCCGCCAAGCGGCACAUCCGAGCAACCUGCACUACCGAAUUCUCUUACAUUGAUUCCCUGUCGACUUUGACAAAGCUUUAUCGAUCAUUAAAUUCCCAUGGAUUGAGGGAGAAAGAACUACGGAAUGGAUUAAAGACAUUUUUAGGUCCUUCUGGCGAGGUUUUUGAAGUAAAAGGUAGGAAAGGGGUCGCUGCUAAACGAGUAGAGAAUGCUUUACAAGCUUUCGGCGACUGGAUCAAAGGUGUCGACCGUGUAGAAUUGGAUCAAGGGGGAGGGGAAUACCGUCGGUUGAUGGUUGAUGGUGUUUUGGAACUUGUCAAAAAGUUUGGCAAGGGUUGCGGAUUGAAUGUACAGGAAGCUGUACAAGAAAUUAGACACCGGGUACAUGAUGGGGAUGAGGGUGUGGAGGUCAUUGUUGAGAUCCUAUCUAAAUGGAUUGAAACGGGAAACUGCAUGCUAAGUGACACGACAAAGGACGGCCUUGGGGAAAUCAAGACAUUUUCUGGGGUAGCCGUGUGGUGCUCGAAUGCAACUGCAGAACACUUGCAGAUGACUCGAGAUGUAAUAAAACAGCAGCGAGUAGAGCGAGAACAGAAGGAUGUAAGAAAGCAGCAGCCGGAAGAGCGAAAAAAGAUUGAGAAGCCACAGAGAGCUGCUUCUGGAUUUCAACGAACACGCUCUGGACGACGCGUCAAUGCUACGCAGUCAACUCAGCUUUCUGAGAAAGAUUUUGAUUCUAUUCUACGAAAGGCUGAACGUCAGCAAACCCGCGAAAGCCACUCUGAAGGCGAGGAAACAACUGAUGAAGUGGACAACAGUGACAGCGAUCCAGUAACUGCUCGUCCUCGACGAAGCAGUCGUCUUGGUAAAAAUCAUGCAGUUGCAACUGCUAUGACCACGAGGUCGGGACGGACUCUUACUGGAGGAGAAAGUGACAGACGAAGUCGGGUUGAGUGGCAAUUUGGAGAUGAUGACAGUGCUAGCGAGGAUGAGAGAGCAAAAAGAGCUAGACGAAGGGCGCAAAUCACAAAAUCUGAUGACGAAGAAGAAGGGGAGGGGGACCAAGACGAGGAGGAUGAAGACGAAGGGAGUCCAGAUGCCGAUGACGAUGUUGAUGACGAAAAACAAUUCACGUUGUCACUACGCCCGAGAGCGCGAAAUGCGAAAGUUAUGAUGGAUGAAAGUGAAGCAGAGGAUGAUGACGAAAAAGAUAACGAUGAAAAUGGUGAUGGUGACCAGAAUUACGCCUCCAGUGAUGAUGAGAUAUAGAAGAACUAGGGUAGUCUUUUCGCGUAAUUAUAAUAACAAUAAGUUUGCUACAGUAAACAA